AUGGACGUGGACGUGGACGUGGACAUGGACGUGGACGUGGACGUGGACGUGGACGUGAACAUGGACGUGGAGGUGGAGGUGGACGUGGACGUGAACAUGGACGUGGAAGUGGACGUGGACGUGGACGUGGACGUGGACGUGGAAGUGGACAUGGACUUGGACGUGGACGUGGACGUGGACGUGGACGUGGACAUGGACGUGGACGUGGACGUGGACCUGGAGGUGGACGUGGACGUGGACGUGGACGUGGACGUGGACCUGGACGUGGACGUGGACGUGGACGUGGACGUAGACGUAGACGUGGACAUGGACGUGGACGUGGACGUGGACGUUGACAUGGACGUGGACGUGGACGUGGACGUGGACGUGGACGUGGACAUGGACGUGGACGUGGACGUGGACAUGGACAUGGACGUAGACGUGGACAUGGACGUGGACGUGGACGUUGACAUGGACGUGGACGUGGACGUGGACGUGGACGUGGACUUGGACGUGGACGUGGACGUGGACGUGGACGUGGACGUGGACAUUGACGUGGACGUGGACGUUGACGUGGACGUGGACGUGGACGUGGACGUGGAAGUGGACGUGGUCGUGAACGUGGACGUGGACGUGGACGUGGUC